AUGUCUCUCCCACCUGAUUCUGAUACUCAGACCUAUGAAAGCAAGCAAAUUUGUUUUGUUAAGUCAUGGCAAAUGUUAGGAUUAGAUCUUGAUAUUGAAAAAGAAGACAUUGUUCCGAUAAAAAAGCGGAAAGUUCUUCCACCACUAAACUAUCAUAAUAACAUUGUUACAAAGUUUAAGAAUGUUGAUGGACGAUUAAUGGAAUGUAGCCAAAAGGCUAUAAAUGAAUUUACCAGUCCAUGUUUUAAUAAUACUUUAUCAUCGUUUUCAAAUUUAUCACCUGAGCGUCAUGCACCAACCUUUACUACUUUAAACAAUGGUAAAAAUUUGUCUGAUAAAGAUGUAUUUUCAAAGUUGAAUUUACCUAUUCAGCUUUAUGAAUAUUAUUUACAGGAAAGAAAAAUUUCAAAGCUGUAUGACUGGCAGAAAGAGUGUCUUUGUGAUGCAAGAUUAUUGAGAGGUUCAAACAUUAUAUUAUCUCUACCCACUGGAUCUGGCAAGACAAUGGUCGCGGAGCUAUUAAUGCUUCGUGAAGUAAUCAACAAUAAAAAAAGUUGUAUUAUAGUUUUGCCUUAUGUUGCUAUAGUUCAAGAAAAAAUGAAUAUGUUAAUGGAUUUUAAACAAAUGUUUGAUAUUGAUGUCUUGGAUUAUGCUGCUGGUAGAGGAGCUAUACCACCUAUAAAAUCUGAAAAGGAAAAUGGUACAAUUUAUGUUGCAACAAUAGAAAAAGCAAGUAUAUUAGUAAAUUCGUUAAUUGCAACUAAAAGAAUUGGUGAAAUAGGACUUAUGGUUGUUGACGAGUUACAUAUGAUUGGAGAAUCAAACCGUGGUAUUUUUAUUGAACAAAUGUUAACAAAAUAUCUGUUGACAUUGUCAGGUCAGAUAAUUGGAUUGUCGGCAACUUUAGAUGACAUGACUUGUCUUAGAAAGUUUAUGAAAGCUCAUGUUCUAUCAGUUGAUUUUAGACCUGUUCGGUUGGACCAAAAAGUUAAAAUUAUGAAUAAAAUGUAUUACUUGGAUGAAUCUAGUGGUUUUAGAAGAUUAGUCCCUAUACCAGGACAAACAAAUAACAAUUCUUACUAUGAUCCUCGUGAUUCUAGUGGUGUUUUGCCUUUUCUUAAACCUUUAAUACCUCACCAAAGUGUUUUGAUUUUUUGUCCAACUAAAGAUUCGUGUGAAAAUUUAUGUAGUGUGCUAUCAGAAAUUUUAUCUGAAGAUUUAAUCUAUGCUGAUAAUGAUCCAAGAAAAGAAGAUCUUAUAGAUAUGAUAAGAAGCGACAAUGGAGGAAGAAUUUGUGAAAUUAUGGAGUAUGGUAUAUUAGCUGGGGUAUGUUACCAUCAUUCAGGAAUUACUAUAGAAGAAAGGGAUCGUAUAGAGACAGCAUUUAAAAAUGGUAUAAUACAUACAUUAUGUGCAACUUCAACUUUGGCGGCAGGAGUUAAUCUACCAGCUAGAAGGGUAAUUAUUAAAGAUCCCUUUUUACACGAAGAAAUUAUAUCCAAAUCUCAGUACACUCAAAUGGUUGGUCGUGCUGGAAGAGCAGGACUUAAUAAUUAUGGUGAUAGUAUUACAAUUAUAACAUCAAGAAAUAAAGAGAAGAAAUUUAGAGAGAUGGUUGAGACACCAUAUACAAAAUGUACAAGUCAAAUGGUAAAGGGUGUAAAUAAUUAUAAAAAUUUUCAAGUUUUACUUCUGGAUAUGAUUUGUUUAUCGAUGGCUAAGACAAGAGAAGAUUUGGAAAAAAUUAUGUACAGUACAUUUUAUGGAUAUGAACAUAAAUCAGAAGUUAUUAAAAUUUUAAAUUGUGUAAUUGGAAAACUAUUAGAAUAUAAUAUGAUUAAAAUGGAAUGUAAUAUGUAUGUUGCUACACUUCUUGGAAUAGCUACACAAAAUGCUAACUUUGCUCCAGAUAUUGCUGUAAAUGUAAAGCGGGAACUUGAUGAUCAUUUGGAAAAUGGUAUUAUUUUGUCAUCAGAAGAACAUUUAAUAUACAUUCUUUUACAAAGUGAUAUUUCUCUAAAGGUUAAUGAAAGUAUAAUGCACAAUGAAAUGGAAGAUUUGGAAAGAAAUGAUCCACAAUUGUUUUCAAAGAUAUCCAAUGUAUCAUAUCCUCAAUUUAUAUCAGAGUUUGCCACACAAAAUCGACCCAAAUCUAAAUUUGUAAAAAUGUACAUUUUUUUUAUGAUAAGAAAGCUUUUAAAAAAGCAAUCGAUUUGGGAUGUUGCAAAAGAGUUUAACGUUCAGCGUGGUUGGCUUCAGAAUGUUCUUCAAAAUUUUAAUAAUCAUGCAAAAUGUUUAAUUCGAUUUUCUGAAAAACUACCUGAAUUAUGGUCUAUUUGUCUUUUAUCUCCACAUGUUUUAAAUAAAUCUUGUAUAUAUAUAAAUGAGAAAUGA